AUGCCUGAUUCAUUACCAAGAUCGGAUGAUUUAGAGGCAACAUGGAACUUUAUUGAACCUAGUAUUAGCCAAAUCUUAGGUAACGACAAUUCCGCAUCCAAUGCUUCUUCAUUUGGUGUUGAUAAAGUUCUUUCUCCGACAAUGUACAUGGAAGUUUAUACCGCAAUUUAUAACUACUGUGUUAAUAAAUCACGUUCAUCAGGCCAAUUCAAUACUGAUAAGACAAACAAUCAAUCUUCCAUUCUAGUUGGUAGUGAAAUUUAUGAGAAAUUAAGAGUUUAUUUGAGACAAUAUGUCUCUAAUUUCCAAAAGAAUCCUAAUGAAUCAUUCUUACAAUUUUACGUCAGACGUUGGAAAAGAUUCACUGUGGGUGCAAUCUUUUUAAAUCACACUUUUGAUUACAUGAAUAGAUAUUGGGUACAAAAGGAGAGAAGUGAUGGUAAGAGAUAUAUCUUUGACGUCAAUACCUUAUGCUUAAUGACAUGGAAAGAGGUGUUAUUCGAUCCUAAGAGUAGUGAUCUCGUCAAAGAAGUAUUAGAACAAAUCACCGCUGAAAGAGACGGCAACUUAAUCCAAAGAGGUCACGUUGCGACAGCUAUCAAAUCACUAGUUGCGUUAGGAAUUGACCCGCAAGAUUUAAAGAAACUAAACUUAAAUGUCUAUAUCCAAGUGUUUGAGAAACCGUUCUUAAAGAAUACAGAAGAAUACUACACCAAAUAUUCAGAAGAAUAUUUAUCCACACACUCUGUUACGGACUAUAUUUUUGAAGCUCACGAGCUGAUUAAACGUGAAGAAAGAAGUAUGUCCAUGUAUUGGGAUGAUCACACAAGAAAACCUCUUUCGGAGACUUUGAACAAUGUCUUAAUUCGAAAUCAUAUUGAUAAGCUGGAAGCUGAUUUUAUCACGUUAUUGGAUUCCAGAGACCACCAAAAAAUAUCUGCACUCUAUUCCUUAAUGCAGAGAGAUUUUACAUUACUCCCCAAAUUAGCUACUGCUUACGAAGAAUAUAUUAGAAAAUCAGGAGAACGUGAUAUUUCUGAAUUAAUUUCCAUGCAUAAAGCAUCUGUACAAAACCAUCCUCAUCAUGAAGGUAGUAAUCCAAAGAGAGUUGCCCUUGCUAGCAUUAAUUCGCUACCACCAAAAAGUUAUAUUAAAAAAUUACUUGAGGUGUAUGGUAUUUUUCGUUCCAUCACCACAGACUGUUUCCGUAAUGAGCCCUUAUUUACAAAGGCCUUAGACAAUGCAUGCAGAGGAUAUAUAAACUCCAACGAAUUUGCUAUUCCUCCUGGUUCUCCACGAUCUGCUACUUCCAAGACAUCAGAGAUGUUGGCUAAAUACAGCGAUCAAUUGUUGAAGAAAUCAAGUAAGUCAGAAUUGGUCAAUGAUAUGUCUGUAGAUGACAUUAUGACAAUUUUCAAAUUUUUAACCGAUAAGGAUGCAUUUGAGUCCCACUACCGUAGACUAUUUGCCAAGAGAUUAAUCCACGGAACUUCCACAUCUGACGAAGAUGAAGAGGCAAUUAUUCAAAGGUUACAAAGUGAAAACAGUAUGGAAUAUACUGGUAAAAUUACUAAGAUGUUCCAAGAUGUAAGAUUAUCUAAAAUCUUAGAAGAUGACUUCGAUGUAAUUCUUAAAAAGGCACAAGCAAAUAAGAACUAUAAACUACCUGCUUUACAACCAUUUAUACUGGCUGAAAAUAUGUGGCCCUUUUCUUAUCAAGAGGUUGAUUUCAAGCUACCCAUUGAAUUACAAGAGUCACAUAUGAAGUUGGAACAAGUAUACACUGAAAAGCAUAAUGGUAGAAUCUUAAAAUGGCUAUGGCCUCUCUGUCGUGGGGAAUUAAUAGCUGAUAUAGGUAAACCUGGCCGUGUACCUUUCCAAUUCACAGUGACCUUGUUCCAGAUGGCAAUCUUACUACUCUUCAAUGAUUCAGAUGUUUUGACUUUAGAAACUAUUCAAGAAGGCACAUCGUUAUCCAUUCAAAACAUUGCUGCUGCAAUGGUGCCAUUCAUCAAAUUCAAAUUAAUUCAACAAACCCCACCUGGUUUAGAAGCUCUAAUGAAGCCCGACACCGAGUUCAAAUUGGCUCGUCCAUACAAGGCACUAAAAACGAACAUUAACUUCGCAGGUGGUGUUAAGAAUGACAUAUUAAAUGGACUAAUUUCAGCAGAUGGUAAUUCACAAAGAGCUUCUGGUGGAGCUGAUCUUACUGAAAGCGAGAAAGUUGAAAAGGAGCUGGGUGCAGAAAGACAAAUAUUCCUUGAGGCAUGUAUUGUUAGAAUUAUGAAGGCUAAGAGGAAAUUGCCACAUACAAUGUUGGUUAAUGAAUGCAUAGCACAGUCUCAUCAAAGGUUCAAUGCAAAAGUUUCCAUGAUAAAAAGAGCCAUUGACAGUUUGAUUCAAAAAGGAUAUCUACAAAGAUGCGAUGAUGGGGAAUCAUACACCUACUUAGCAUGA